AUGAUACGUGCUGGCGCUGCCCUGGCUCGUAUGAAUCAUCUUCCGAGGAGCCACAGGAUCCUCCAGAUGGCUGCUGAUUGCUGUAGCCUCCUCAACAGUCCUGUCGAUGCGACGGAGCUGCUCAUUAGUGUUGUUGAUUCAGUCCGCAGCGGUAUUGACAUCGCCUUAGUCAUGCCCUGUCUCGGAGCAGCGAUUGAUCUUCAUCCCUCCCUUCCCCCAGAUGAGGGAAUUAAAGUGGUCCAUACUCUACUCGAGGCCUCGGCUAACGCCCGCUCUGUUAAGGAGGGCGUUGCUCUCUGUGCUAAACUCGUCGAACAGUUGAGCGACAACAACAUUUGUCCGGAGAUCCGAAAACUGUUCAUAAACUCUCCAGAACUACGACUUGCUAUUCUGAGUGUAGACGGUGGUGGCCGACUCGCUAAGUUAGUUCUCACCGGCUCCCUACCUGCCGGGCUAUUGUCAUCGUCCCUGGAAGGCGUAUCUCGCCUUCCUACUGCCACUCACUGGCAGCUGGCUCUGGCCAUGUCCCCACAGCUAGAUAGGAGCGUAGCUGUGUGUCUGCUCGCAUGGCUGUUCUUCAAUGUCUACGAGUGUGGUGGCCAUAUUGAGGCCCUUCUGGCUCCUACUG